GGCCUGAAACCGAUGGAUUUCAAUGGAUUGUCUGACCCCUAUGUGAAAAUCCACUUGCUCCCUGGAGCCUGCAAGGGGAACAAGCUGAAGACCCGGACGGUGAGGAACACCCUGAACCCGGUCUGGAACGAAGUGCUCACUUACCACGGGCUGGUUGAGGAGGACAUGGCGCGGAAGACCCUCAGGAUCUCGGUGUGCGAUGAGGAUAAACUGAGCCACAACGAUUUCAUUGGGGAGACGAGGGUCUCCCUUCGCAAACUGAAGGCCAAUCAGAGGAAAUAUUUCAACAUUUUCCUGGAGAGACCCCCCCCGUUAGCGUCUCCUUCCGCGAUGAGAGGACUGUCUUUCUAUCUCAAAGAG